AUGGAGAAUGACGAGGAGGGGUGCACCCUCCCAACCGCCGAUGUCGCAGACUUUGAGGUCGCUGCCCGCGGGGAAAAUAGCAUGCCCAAGAUCCCCGACGCAACGUACGAGAUCGAGUGGAUCGGGACUCCCGCCGGCACGGUCGAUGCGGGGCCGGAGCUGACCUGCGAUGGCUGCUGCAGCGGAGCGCCGGGCGCGGCGGAGGCCUCCAGGAGCGGCGGCUGCCACUGUAGCCAGGGCGGGGCGGUGGUGGCGGUGGAUGGCAGCUGCAGCGGCCCGGCGAGCGCGGCGGGGACACCCCGAGGAAGCGGCGGGUGCGGCAGAGCGCUGGGCACGGCGGAGGCCGCCAGGAGCGGUGGCUGCCGCUGCAGCCAGGGCAGGGCGAUGGUGGCGGUGGAUGGCAGCUGCAGCGGCCCGGCGAGCGCAGUGGAGGCCGCCUGGUGCAGCGGCUACCACGACGGCGCGGUGGCGGCGGUGCGCGGCGCAGCCGGGUGCGGCCCAUAG